AUGGCUGCUGCUCUUCUCUUGGGAACAAUAUUUUGUUACUACUACUACCACUACUACCAAAGAACCAUAACCAUUAUUACAAAAAUGAUAUACAAGUUGAAGAUAUAUUUAUCCUCGGCUGAAGAAGAUGUUGAUGAAGAUUCUUAUGACUUGAUAGUAUUUGGUUAUCUCACAAUUAAAGUAGCAACAAAUAACUUCUCAAAAGAAAAUAAGCUUGGAGAAGGUGGAUUUGGUACAGUGUACAAGGGAAAAUUACGCAAAGGACAUGAAAUAGCUGUCAAAAGACUCUCAAAAACCUCAAAUCAAGGACUUGAAGAGUUCAAAAAUGAGAUUACGCUCACCGCAAGACUACAACAUGUAAAUUUAGUUAGACUUUUUGGUUACUGCACAAAAAGGAAUGAGAAGCUUCUUGUCUAUGAAUACCUCCCAAAUAAAAGCUUAGAUCAUUUUCUCUUUGAUCCAAGGAAAUCAAGUUUUCUAGAUUGGAAGAAACGCGUGAAUAUCAUUGAAGGGAUUACUCAAGGCCUUCUGUAUCUCCAAGAGUACUCAAAUUUUACUAUAAUCCAUCGAGAUCUUAAAGCUAGUAAUGUUUUGUUAGACCAUCAGAUGAAUCCUAAGAUAUCUGAUUUUGGACUAGCUAGAAUUUUUGAAAAGAAUGAACUUGAAGCAAAUACAAGUAGGAUUGUGGGAACAUAUGGGUGUGUACCUCCCGAGUAUGUCAGAAAAGGCAUAUACUCACCCAAGUAUGAAGUUUAUAGUUUUGGAGUCCUUCUUUUGCAAAUCAUAAGUGGGAAGAGAUCUUCACAUUAUUACAGCCCAGAUGAAAAUAUGAAUCUUUUAGAAUAUGCAUAUGAGCUAUGGAUGGAUGGAAGGGGUGUGGAUUUUUUGGACCCUUCAUUGGAUGAUUCAACAUCUCAUUGUAAAAUCAUGAGAUGCAUGCAGGUGGGUCUUUUGUGUGUUCAAGAGAACUCAGCAGAUAGACCUUCCAUGCUAGAAGUUGAUACACUGCUCAAGAAUGAAGGUACACCUGUUGGUACUCCCAACAUGCCCGCUUUUUCGAUGAAAAAACACGAAGAUGACAAGGGAGAUUCAUCUACGUCAAGGUUGAAAUUUUCUUCAAUCAAUGAUGUUACAAUUUCUCAGAUGGUACCAAGAUAA